AUGACAUCAUCGUUUCCUAAUAACGCCGCUGCCACCGCUCUCCGCUCCCUCCUCGAUUUCGGGAACUCGCUCCUUUCCGAACUCCUGCGUUUCCGCGCCAACCUACCGCGAGACUUCCUCCGUUCAAUCACACUCCCUGCACCACCACCUCCAUCCACAUCCACUCAGCUCAAUCUCACGCAAAUCCCCUCGCCGUCUCCCGAUCUCCCCUUCCCGCUAUGGGACUUCGAGUACCUGCGCGCGCCGGAUGACCGCGAGCGCGAGCUGCGCGAGCGGCCGGACGAGUGGAGCGCGGAGCGCGCGUGGUGGACGGCGCACGGCGAGCAGCUGGUGGGGUUCGUGCUGCUGCUGGCCGCCGCGCUGAAGCUCUACCGCGCGCUGAGGCAGACGAUCGAAGGGCUGCGACGUGGUUUGUUCCUGGGGAGCUCGCUGGAAGGCGUGGUGGGGGGAGAUGAGGGCGACGAGAUGCAGUCGCUGCUGCUGCAGGUGCUUCACACUCACGCACUUCUGCUUCUCCUCCUCCACCAUCUCUUCCCCAACCAAUCACGUGAGCGCUUACUCAUCGCUGCGUACCGCCACUGGUGCCGAACCUCCGGGCCAGGCUCAGGAGAGGCCCUGGGUGAGAUCUUGACUCGCGACUUUGACGACCUAUGCCAGCUGUGCCGAACCACAGGAGCAGGGUCGGGAGAAUCGGAGGCUCAUAAGGGGACUGCAGGAGGACAGGCAACAGGCAAGAAAGUGGGGAGCAAAGUGAGUGAUGGCAGCAGCAGCAGUGCCAGCUGUGAUACCGACGCCUUCCUGUGGUCUCCGUUCCCCAGAGAGUGCUUCGACAUCGAAAAGCUGGGCCUUGUUUCAUGCUUGGACUCUGGUUCGGGCGCAGGCCUGGGAUCAGGUUUGGGGUCAGAGGGCUCUGGUCUGGGCAUUGGAGGGGCGGAGACAGCAGCGUUUCUGUCACUGCCGUGUGUGAUAGCGCCCACGGAUACCUCCAGACUGGAGCAGCUCUUCUCGCGCUUUGCUCCCCCGCCUGACGUCACAUGGAUGGCCAUCCAGGCCUUGCUCAGGAAACAAGCUGCUGCUGUCGACUCCUCACCUGCUUCUUCCUCAACUUCCAAUCUAGCCUCUUCGGUUCUCUCGUCCUCCUACUCGUCCUCUGUGCAUGCAUCCACGUUCUCCUCCUUCCCUCCAACGCAAGCACCCUCACAGACAGGAGCAGCAGGAGCAGCAGCAGCACAUACACCCCACGACACUCUCUCCGCAGUGGCAGCAGUCACAGCCUCCCUGCCCUCCACCUCGUCGCUCAUCCUGCUGCUCUUCUUCCACCCCUCCUCGCUCCGCGCCGACCUGCCCUUCAUGCACGAGCUCGUCCGCCGCAGGCUGCUCGCCCUGCCCCCCUCCUCCCCCUCGUCGUCCUCCUCUGCGCCGCCUGCUGCUGCAGCUGCUGCGGCUGCUGGUGGCGGCUGGAGCCUCUGGAAGCAACGGGCGCCGCCGCAGCAGCAGCAGGGAGGAAGCGGAAGCGGCGGUGGUGGUGGAGGGGGAGGGGCAGGAGGCGCAAGUGCAGUAGCAGCAGCAGUAGGAGGAAGAAGUGUUGAUGACCCAGCUGCAGGAGGAGCAGCAGGGGCAGCAGCAGUGGGCGGGUUGACAUGGGUGGUGCCCAUAUUCCUCGGCUUUUCCCUGGACCUAUCCAUAGCCUGGCAGCACUUCCCUGCCGCCCACUCAGCCCUCACCCUGCACCUCUCCCCAACCGCCGCGCUGCACGUGGCUCAAGCGCUGGUACAGGUGCUGCCAGGGGUGCAGCAGGCAGUGGGCAGGGCCAUGGGUCGGCUGAAGCAGCAGGGCGCGGCGGGAUGGGAGGAGGAGCUGUGGGGUGGUAAGCAUGUGGGCGGUGGGGUCGCUCGUGGUAGUGCUGCUGGCUCUGCUGCUAUUGAUGAAAGCAGCAAUACCAGCACCAGCACCAUUAGCACCACUGGUACCAGCAGCAGCAGUAGUAUAGAUUCGGAGUCUAAUUCCUCCUCGUUCCUCUGCUCCGUGCCUGGCCUGGCAGUGCUGCGCAGUGCACGAGAGAUCCUCUCUCUCAUCCGCCACACAGCCGCACUCCUCAGGUGGCUGCUGCAGCACCGUGCCUCUCUCUCGCUGCACCUUUCCCUGCCUAUCAUCCUCACCACCCACCGUCUUGCCCGCUCAACCCAACUCCACGCACACUCCUGCGCUCGCUCGGCUGCUGCUGCUGGCCUGUCAGCCCCUGGGUGGUCGGAGGCAAGCCAGGUGGCUGCUGAAGUAGCUGCGGACUUCCUCUUGCCGGAACUCCAAUCAGAUGCCGCCACGUGUCUCUCCGCCAUCAUUUCCCGCAGAGAGGACAGCUGGCACCGCCUGAGGCAGGCAGCGUGCGCACGGCUGGACGGCUUGGCUCGGCUGUUUGUGGGAGGGCAGGGUGUGGAGGGAGAGGUUAGAGGCGCAGCAAGAGGUGCAGGCAGAGGGGGGGCUCAGAGUGGGAGCGAGGGAGGGGAUAGGCGAGCGGUGGGAGAUGGGGGCGAGGGGAUGGCGGGGAUGGGGUGGAAGGAUGGGGCGGAUGGGAGCAUUGGAGAGUGGUUCCAGCGACUGUCAUGGCAGGUGAGCGGGCAAAUGAGGGGGCAGGGCAGGUUGGGACAGGUGUCGCACUGGCAGCACCCAGACGCCCCUUCAACGCCCGCCAGCCUGCAACAGCUCUCCCUCGCUCUCGCAGACGCUGCCUCCCUCCACCACAUUCAGUCCCACCCCGUCGCCGGCCAAUCGCUGCACGCCACCUGUCGCCUGCUCCAGGACAUGGCUCUAGUGCAGGCCAUUCGUUCUGACCAUCUUGCAGCGCUCUCUGCUGCUGCCGAGCCUGGUGCUGCUUCCGGUGCUGGUGCCGGUGCGGGUGCUGGUGGUGCUGCUGCUGCUGCUGGUGGCACUGGCGGUGGCAGAGGUGCACGGCUGGGUAGAAGUGAUGCAGCAGGAGCAGGAUCAGGAUCAUUAGCAGGAGGGAGGGAGGAGUAUCUGGAGCAGCAUCUGCGGUGUGUGUCGAGGGCAGUGGUGGCGGUGGUGCCGGCCAGUGUGCUCAGCCUCAUGCACGCAUGCACGCUCACCCUCCUCCCACCACCCUCCCAUGCCCUCGUCACCCACUCUCUCCACACAGGCAGCACAGCAGGAGAGGGGGUAGCGAGCACGCAGGGCAGGCAGGGGGGGCUGGGUGAGGGGGCAGAGGGGCAGGGUGCGGAGAGCAAGGCGCAGGUUGCGGCGCAGGUGCAUGGGCAGGCGGCGUUCCGGCAGGCCAUGGGUCGAGCACGGGCUGCUGUGGCUGGGUUCUCCAGUGGUGUGGCUGCGUUUGAGGCCAAGGGACUGGAGUUCAUUGGGAGGGACGAGGGAGGCGUGAGAAGGAGAGUCACUGCUCCUCCUGCGCCUGCUGCUGCUGCUGCUGGUGGUGCUGCUGCUGCUGAUGGUGCUGCUGCUGCUCGAGCUGGAACUGCUGGUGAUGCUGAUGGUGUAACUGCUGUCGUUGCCAGUACCUCCAGUGGUGCUGUUCCCACAGUCCAUCCCCGUCAUUCUGGCACCCCCAAUACCACUGGUGCACUUGGUGCUUCUCGUAAUUCCAACACUGGUGCGUCCGGCACUAGUGGCACGAGGAGCAGGGACGAGUGGGCAGGAGGCGCGUGCCAUGCAGUGGUGAUGGCGCUGCGACUCAUGCUCCGACGCCAUGCAGCCUCUAUUCUUCAAGCCGGCUUUUCCGAGGCGCUUAAAGCCCUGCAGGGCACAGGGCCGAGGCAGCGGGGGGAGGAGGGGAAGGCGGAUGGGGGCAAGGGCAGUGGCUGGGCGGGGCUGUGGUCCUGGGGGGGUAAGGGAGGGGAUGUGGAUGGGGAGGGGGGUGAGGGGAAAGGGGCGGGGGAGGAAGGGGGAGGUGGUGGGGAGAGGAGGAGACGGGAGGGGUUUGAGAGGCGGAUAUUGCAGAUGGAGAGGGAGUUGGGCGCUUGGGAGUACUGCACGUGCCUGUUUGAAGAUGUGCUUGUAACGAGCACAGGAGGGAGUGAACGGUGGAGUGGAAGCAGCAGAGGGGCUGUGAGAGGGGUGCGUGGAGCAGGGGGAGUAGGUAGAGGAGGUGGUUCGGACUUAUACUCGCCUUCCUCUCCCUCACUCCUCUGGCGGACUGCCGUGCAGCCCCUGCUGCUACAGGCCCUGCAACAAGCGUGUGGAGAGACGGAGAGAAGAGGACCUAUGAAACAAAGGUUACACCCCUUGACCUCUGCCAACUGCAAAACCUUCUUGGAAGCUGCCGUGGCAUCGCUGCUGCUCCUUUCGCACCCCUCCCACGCCAUGUUCCUCCCGCCCCUGGCUGCGUGGUUCCUCCCCUCGGGCCUGCCCUCCCUCUCCCUCCCCCUCAUCCUCCGCCUCGCCUCCUGCCUCUCUGCCUCUGGCCGCAUUCCCAACACCCCUGCCAGCAUCACUGCUGCUUCUGUCUCUGGCAGCGCCCAUACAGCGUCUGCUACUCCCCAUGCAGCCUUAGCGGGCAGUGUUGCCAGUCUAAUGCCCGGUAGCGGCAGGGGAGGUGCUGCAGGAGCAGGGGAAGAAGGGCUAGGCGGGGCGCGAACAGCAGAGGGGCUUGUGGCUCUGGAUUGGGCGCUGAGGAGAGCAGAGGAAGAGCGAGUGAUGCGAGCUGUGCAGGUGGUGGCAGGGAUGGAGAGGGAGAAGAGACGGGUGCUGCUGCAGCUGGUAGGGGAGCUGAGAGAGGAGGUAGAGCAGCGGUGUGAGCAGGGAGAGGGGGAGGUAGUGGGGGGAGAGCAGAGGCGGCAUGUGCGGAAACCUGGGGGGGCAAAAGCAGGAGCGGGAGACGGAGGAGGUGAGGCAGCAGUAGCAGCAUCAGUGGGGAAGGCAGCAAGGUCAGCAGUUGCCAUGGGGCGGCACAUGUUGGCAGCAUAUGGUCGAGCAGAGGCCAGCAUGGCCCAAUCGGUGGCAUGGGGAGAGGCGUGGGAUGCGGGCGGAGGAGGACAGGGGGCCGGCAGCACAGCAGGCAGGGAAGGGGUGGGAGGUGCAGGGAAUGCUGCUGCUUUGAAGGCAGGCACAGCGGCUGCUGCUGCUUCCUCCUCAAGACGAGGUUCUUCUCCGGUAAAAGGAUGUUCCUCCAAAAAUGUCGGAGAUUUUGCCGAGACAGUGACAGGUGUCGCGGGGGCACUGGCGGAGGUGGGUCAGGUGCGGCUGGUGCGAGGGCUGGUGCGCAUGGCUGCAUGCGCUGCCAGGGGGUGUGAAACCCCCACCGCUGCCCGGUCCGUGGAGUGCCUGCUGGCCUCCCUGCAGCACCCACACGCUGUUGCUCCUGCUCACACUGCUGCCGCUGCUACUGCGGUUACCAGCAGUCUUUCGCCUGACACUGCUGCUGCCAGCACCAGUACCGCCAGCACCAGCAGGGGCAGCGGCGACUGUGCCCUGACUGUGCAGCUGCUUGUGCUCGUCUCCCUCUCCCACCUUCGUCUCCUCCUCCUCGACCCCUUUCUUGCUUGCCUCUCUCGCCGCACACGCAGUGCCAAUGCAUUCGAUGCCAGCUGUCUGGCGGCCGGCAUCUGCUGUCUUUUGUCGACAUUGCCGAAUCAAAGGGAGCAGAUUGCCGCCUAUGUGCGGUGCAUGGAGGAUUAUGGGGAUGCUGAGGUGGUGGUAGGUGGGCUUGGGAGUUGUUUGGAGGAGAGUGAGGUCCAUGGGAUAGGCAGCAGGAAAAAGGAAGAGCACGGGACAAGUGCUGGUCCGGUUCGCCUCGAACCGACAGCCAUGGCCUCCGCACUCGCUUCUCGUCAGGUCCUCUCAGGCCUCUCGUUCAGCUCUGCCGUCAGAGGCACCGAGCUCGCCACACGCAGCCUCCCCGUCGUUCCCCAAUUAGCAGCCCCCCGCGGUCUAGGCGUCACCGCGCUCUUCAGCUCGCGCAAAGCCGCCGUCCCCGCUAAGAGCGUCUCCGCGACGAAGCUGCGCACGGAGGACGGCAUCUUCGGCACGUCGGGCGGGUUCGGGUUCACCAAGGCGAACGAGCUGUUCGUGGGGCGCGUGGCCAUGCUGGGCUUCGCGGCGUCGCUGCUGGGCGAGGCGAUCACGGGCGCGGGCAUUCUGUCGCAGCUCAACAUCGAGACGGGCAUCCCCAUCACGGAGACAGAGCCGCUGCUGCUCUUCUUCAUCGCCUUCACCGUGCUCGGCGCCAUCGGCGGGCUCGGCGACCGCGGGCGAUUCGUGGACGACGAGCCGGUGGGGCCGCCCGUGAAGCCCGGCAGCGUCAAGGCGGCGCUGGGGCUGAGCGAGGACGGGCCGCUGUUCGGAUUCACCAAGGCGAACGAGCUGUUCGUGGGGCGGCUGGCGCAAUUAGGGUUUGCGGCGAGCCUGAUCGGCGAGGUGAUCACGGGCAGGGGCGCGCUGGCGCAGCUCAACAUCGAGAUCGGCGUGCCCGUGUGGGAGCUCGAGCCGCUGCUGCUCGCCAGCAUCGCCUUCUUCUUCGUCGCCGCCAUCAACCCCGGUACAGGGAAAUUCAUUAACGAUGAUGAGGAGUGA